AUGUUGAACACAGAAUUUAAUCGUCAGAUAAAUGAUUCGGUCGAGGAGCAAUUCAUAUGGCUUCUCAGAUUCGCUACAGUAAGAAAGAUCAAAGAUUUUUUAACGAAAAUUCUAUCGAUAGAUCUACAUUAUCCUACGCCAAAUUUAAAAACGCCUAUCACGGCAGCUAUCGAUCGCGGUGAUCUGCAGAUCUUAUCGUUUUUGUUAGAGAAAAAUUCAAUUGAUUUGGACAAUACUACUACUCAACCUUGGGCUAGGACUGCUCUUAUGUACGCCUCUUACGUAUCCAGAAAUCCAGAAAUAUUACAGAUUCUUUUGAAGAAGGGGGCAGAUCCUGGAAAAGUGGAUAUAAGAGGUUGGACUUGUCUUCAAUAUGCGAUUGUAGCAGAACGAUCGAAGAAUGUAACGUUUCUUUUAGAUCACGGCGUUUCAAUAAAUCAAAAAGACGUACAGGGAAGAACACCGCUUAUGAUCUCAGUAUACAGUUCGAACGUGGACAUUCUCUCGAUUUUAUUGGAUCACGGGGCUGACGUCAAUAUACGGGACAAUAUGGGUUUCAUCGCCCUCCAAAUAGCAAUUUUAUGGAGAAAAAGGGACGCAGCGAUUAUAUUAAUCGAAAGAGGAAGCGAUAUGAGCGUUGUUACACCUUCAACCAAGGCCACAAUUGGACAACUUUGUAGAACCAGUAUGCCGAACAUUCUUCGAUGCCUCGAACCAAAAAGAUAUUAUAGCAUUGAUUGAUAUUUUUAUUAUAACACUGUUUUCCCCCGUAUUACAAAGCUUUUUCCAUUCUUAAUAUAAUACAUUUCGUUUUUCAAUUAUUAAAAAUGUAUAAAUAUACGUACAACGUCG